CAAAGUUGUUGAACAUUCGAACGCGACAUGAAGCGAUUUUUUGUCCUGUCGAGUUUCGUUCUCAUCCUGUCAGUGAUUGCAGAAACGUAUGGGAACUCAGUACUCAUUCAAGCGAAUGUGGGAUCGCGGAUUCUACUACAGGGUGAAAAAGUCGAUGGAAAAGUGAUCCGCUGUACUCUUGAAAAGAGCAACGGCCAAAUAUCAGAUGAACCGAAUGAUUAUACUGACAAAUGUAAGAUCCAAAUUCAAAAUGCCCAACUUGAUUACGCUGGCAAUUGGACACUGACAACUUACACCGACGAUGGCCAAUCAUUCCAAAAGAAAUUUACUAUAAUAAUGACAAUGGACGUAAACUUGAGGCCAACAAGCUAUGUUUACGUAAACGCAGGACAAUGGGUUACGGUAUGGUUUGAAGGAAACGACACCGAUGUCACAGCAUGCAAACUGAAAGCCACAGCGAUGGACAAAGAAUAUGAUCUCUUCAACUAUCAAUUCGAUGAAAUGACUCGUUACCGUGGAUGUGGAGUGAAAAUUCUCGCUACUAAAGAACGAGCUUUGCAGUGGGAGUUGCGUCGAAACAUUGGCGAUUAUGUGAUUGAAACAUCUAUUUUUCAUAUUCAAGUUCCGUACGAAAACGAUGAUCCACGACGAGUAAUAAAUCGUCAUCUUAUCAUUGGAAAACCAGCGAAAUUAGAAGUGAGAGAAACAGAUAUGCUCUUUUGCCAAAUAAUAAGACCCGAUGGGUCUACAACCCGCAUUCAAUACGGAGUAUGUGAAGUCGAAAUCCCCGCAGUGACGACAUUCCAUUACGGUACUUGGAUCGCAUCUUUCGCAUUGAAGGGAAAAAUGGAAUUGGAUUCGACUGAAAUUGACGUCGAACUUUGGGAUUUGGAUUCAUUGGAUGCAAAAAUAAUACCAGGAUCUGGGCCAGAACUCAAUUUGCUAUGCAGAACUGGAGUGUCGUCUUUGAAAUUCUGCACUUUCAUAAGACCCGACAAAUACACGAUUAAUCUGCCAGUCGGUGUAGGGAAUGAAAACUACUCGUACUACGGUGACGGAUACAAAGACGAUACAGAAUCGCGUUAUUAUGCCGACUGUGGCAUAACAAUCCACAACCCAUCUGACGAUGAUUUUGGUCUCUGGAACUGUGAAAUGGGUGUUCAGCAGGGCAACAGCGUCGAAACCCGGGGUACUGUAAUUGAAGUGAACAAAAGUCGAUCCGGACGCUCUUACAACGUCAAAUCUUCUGAUGUUAUCGUGAAACGAGGAGAAACAUACAGUAUCCGUUGUAAGGUAAACGCUAAAUUGGAUUAUUGCUGGUUGAGAAGUCCGAACGGUACGGUGUUCAGUAUAUCCUCGGAAAUUUCUUCGCUCUCGAGUAUUAAGUACAUAGGUAAAGGUUUCACCAUGGGUGAUUGCGGCACCGUUGUCAACAAUGCCCAGUCGAGUGAUAACGGAACAUGGACUUGUCAUUUGGGACUCUCUGGGGGUACCGAAGUAAUGGAAACUAUUUUGGUUCAAGUGGCAGAUUCUUAUCUGAUUGCUACUGAAAAAAUCGUUCAGAUAAAAGAUGUAGCAAAAUUGUCCUGCAAAAUUUUCUCUGGGGAAUCAGGAGCCCUCAAGUAUUGCAGAUGGGUUCGCCCAGAUGGAUAUGGAAUACAUUAUCAAGAUGCUUGGCGUUACACGAUGUUCAACGACAGAAGUAGCUGCGUUCUGAACAUUCCAAACGUUACAUCUGAGGACAUCGGAAUGUGGACCUGUGCUGGCAUGUUGACCGGAAACGUGGAAUCCGAACAGUCGGCAUUUAUCCAGCUUGAAUGGGUUGCCAAUGAUAUGACGACUAUAAAUGUAUUAUCAAUCAUUUUGGGCUGUGGAAUACUUGUUUUUACUCUCAUUAGUGUCUUCUUCGCUGCGAUGUUCUUGAACAAACGUAAAAAAAUUCAGCAACAAAUGAAGCGUCCACCAGCGUAUGAUCCCGAGGAUUUUGCACAACCACGUUCGUUCCCACCCGUUCCUAACGAACCUGCCAUGGAUAAAGAUUACAAAUAUUAAAGACAGCGUUCAGAUCUCAUUGUAAAUCAGAAAGUUUGUAAGUCUCUUGUUUUUAUCUUGAUUACUUAUAAAAGAAAAAAAUAAAAUAGGAAAAAAGAAUGUCAAGGAAAUACUCGUCUUAAUAAACGAUGCGGUCAAUUUUUAAAUAUUUUUCUAUAAAGAUAGAGAGAUAGAAAGGAUUCUUAAAUCAAUGAUGGAUUAUCGAAUACAAGGUUUCGGACAUCAGAGAAAAUAGCAACGUUUUUUAUCGUUUUUUUGAUAAUUCUAAGAUGAGCUCGAGCGUUCAGCUCGAUGUCGAAACAAAGGAACGACAUCCAUCUCUGCUAUUUUAUAAGUGUAAAGCAAAAUUUUUUUCAGCCAGAAUAAAUGUGAAAUCGUCGCCCAUUCAGUUGUGAAUAUAGAAUAUUUGACAGAUUUCCAACAUUAUUUCUCCACAAUGUAUGAGAAGCUUACAGCAAACUUGUAUCGUGAGAAAGUAUCAACCAAGGAAUUGUGCCGAAACCAUACAAUAGUUUCUGAGGCUGACCCAAAAUACGGCUGAAAGGGGCAUAUAUUCAGAAUUGGCUCAUUCUGCUGCCCAUUGUCAACAGCAAUCACUCAAACUUGCACCUAGUACGUAGUUAAUACAUGUUUGAGUGAUCCGUACUCUUGGAAUCUCUAGAUUGGAAUGAGCAACCCUUCGGUCCAGUCAUGCCAACGAGAGGGUUAUGGAAUAAUUGGUAGUGGCUAAUCCGGCCCUUCUAUAGCUCAGACGAGACCUGUGACACG